CGGGCCGGGCCUCUUCACUCGAUCUAUCAUUCAUCAGCGUAGCUAGCUAGCUCGCAUAGCACCACCAGUGACAGUGAGCAGACCGGAGAGAGGAAGAUGACGAUGAAGCAGCAGCAGGUGGUGGUGUGCGCAGUGCUGGUGCUGCUGGCCAUGGCGGGCGUCGCGUCGGCGGCGUCUUGCAACGUGGGUCAGCUGACGCCAUGCGCGUCGGCGCUGGCGACGGGCGCGACGCCGUCGGCGUCGUGCUGCUCGAGCCUGAAAGCGCAGCAGGGGUGCUUCUGCACGUACGCCAAGAACCCCACCUACGCGCGCUACAUCAACAGCCCCAACGCCAAGAAGGUGGUCGCCUCCUGCGGCCUCACCGUCCCGCGCUGCUAAUUUUGCUAUCAGCCCCGCCCGCUGCGCUCCAUCAUCCAUGCCCGCGAUGUUAUUGGUGUGUGCCAUCACCUGUGUCUCUAUAUAGAUGCACAUGUCUGCAUGAGUAUGAUCACUCGAUCAGGUACUAGUAUCUGUUUGUACGAGGAAUAAAGGGUGGGUAUUGCGUCUUCCUGCUCCCUACUUGAGAACCUGAUGUCGUUCCCUAUGCUAUGCGUGCUGUGUGCUUUAUGCUGUCAGCGACGCUAUUCUGAAAUUUCCAUUGGAAAUUAGUGUUCAUUUUUGAAA